GUUAUUUCACCCGCCUCUCGCUUGGGCCACAAUGGUAUGGAAGAUAUAUUCGUCUAUCAUGGAUUGGAUAGCGGGUGAUAUGGUCCUCAAGUAGACUCGGACUAACCCCCUGCAAGUGGGUUUAUCUCAAGAUUUCCUGUUGGGAUUUCCAGCCAUCAACGAACAAUUCUUUUUUUCAUUUUCCUUCCACUCCACUUGGAAAUGUUGUCAUCUGAAGGAAUUAGAAUAUCAGUCGUGACUUUCGUCAUCCUUAUUCUGUCUCAGGAUUUUAUACAGGUCCAUUCGGCAGCCACUUUUAUCGAAAGUCAAGAAGGAUGGGCGACUGCCGAGUACUCGAACGUCACGCUAUACUGCCGGGUGUUCAUCUCUGGCGGAACCAGCCCCCACUUUUCAUGUGCUACGAUCAGCUUCACCAAGAAUGAGACGAUUAUUGAAGAAAACCUGAAAUAUCUCCGAUCUGGCCCGACUUUUGCCGAUAACAAGGUCACUUGCACAAUGACAAUACUUCGUGUCGAAUCGGAAGACUCCGGAUUGUAUGGUUGUUGCUUAACAGACAAGACAACAGGCUCGUGCUACAAGCAUCCCACAAAAAUGCUGAACGUCAUAUCACUUCCCACUACAGUUCAAACCACAUUAGAAGUUACGUCAACUGAUGCAGCAACAUCUGUUUCCACUACAACAUUAUUCACUGACAACCGUGUUAGCUCAGUGGGUGUGACAUACAACAAAGUUACAGCCUCACCAGAAAAUAAUUCAUCUUUAUCGAAAUCGGAGAAUAUCGCUCGCGUCCAGCACACCAACGAUUCACUCCAUAAAACCAUAUGGCCGGUGCUUUUUGUGGCAGCAUUGAUUAUUGGGAUUUUGGUGCUUUUCGGGAUGCGUUACUUACGGAAGAAACGAGCAGACGAAUCGUUACCCGAAAGCGUUACAGACGUCAACGUCUACCAUUCGAUCGAUUCCGAUAAGGAGGUGGAGAAGGGAUGACGUCACAAUUACCAUCAGAACCAUCCACAGUGAGCAGAGGUCCCUUCAUUCAUUUAUAGGGUCACAAACAUUU